UCCUCUUUCUCAAUAGCCGCAGUGGGGCCGCGGGCCCGGUUCCGCCCUUCCCGCGCCCGCCCGGACGCUUUAGGCCGCACAUCCCGCUCGCUGCGCUGCUCACCAAGCCCGGCCCAGGCCCGCACCGCUGCCAUGGCGAAGCCUCUGACUGACCAGGAAAAGCGCCGGCAGAUAAGCAUCCGCGGCAUCGUGGGCGUGGAGAACGUGGCGGAGUUGAAGAAGGGCUUCAAUCGGCACCUGCAUUUCACGCUGGUCAAGGACCGCAACGUGGCCACCCCUCGCGACUACUUUUUCGCGCUGGCGCACACGGUGCGCGACCACCUGGUGGGACGCUGGAUCCGCACGCAGCAGUACUACUACGAGAAGUGCCCCAAGCUUGGAUUGGACAUGGAAGAGUUAGAAGAAAUGGAAGAAGAUGCUGGGCUUGGCAAUGGUGGCCUUGGGAGGCUUGCUGCAUGCUUCUUGGAUUCCAUGGCAACCCUGGGACUUGCAGCCUAUGGAUAUGGAAUCCGAUAUGAGUAUGGAAUCUUCAAUCAGAAAAUCCGAGAUGGAUGGCAGGUAGAAGAGGCAGAUGAUUGGCUGAGGCAUGGAAACCCCUGGGAGAAGGCCCGCCCUGAGUUCAUGUUGCCUGUUCACUUCUAUGGAAGAGUGGAGAACACCAAGACUGGGACCAAGUGGAUUGAUACCCAGGUGGUCCUGGCUUUGCCAUAUGACACCCCAGUGCCUGGAUAUAUGAAUAAUACUGUCAACACCAUGCGCCUCUGGUCUGCACGGGCACCAAAUGAUUUUAACCUCAGAGACUUCAACGUUGGAGACUACAUCCAGGCUGUGCUGGACCGAAACCUGGCUGAGAACAUCUCCCGGGUCCUCUAUCCCAAUGAUAAUUUUUUUGAAGGGAAGGAGCUAAGAUUGAAGCAGGAGUACUUUGUGGUGGCUGCUACCUUGCAAGAUGUCAUCCGGCGUUUCAAAGCCUCCAAGUUUGGCUCCACCGACAGUGCCCAAACUGUGUUUGAUGCAUUUCCAGAUCAGGUGGCCAUCCAGCUGAAUGACACUCACCCUGCACUCGCCAUCCCUGAGCUGAUGAGGAUUUUUGUGGAUAUUGAAAAAUUGCCCUGGUCUAAGGCAUGGGAAAUCACCCAGAAGACCUUCGCAUACACCAACCACACGGUGCUCCCUGAAGCCCUGGAGCGCUGGCCAGUGGAGCUGGUGGAGAAGUUGCUUCCUCGACAUUUGCAAAUCAUUUAUGAGAUAAAUCAGAAGCAUUUAGACAGAAUUGUGGCCUUGUUUCCUAACGAUGUCAAUCGUCUGAGAAGGAUGUCUCUGAUAGAAGAGGAAGGAGGCAAAAGGAUCAACAUGGCCCAUCUGUGCAUUGUGGGCUCCCAUGCUGUGAACGGCGUGGCUAAAAUUCACUCAGACAUUGUGAAGACGCAAGUAUUCAAGGACUUCAGUGAGCUGGAACCAGACAAAUUUCAGAAUAAAACUAAUGGGAUCACUCCAAGGCGCUGGCUUUUACUCUGCAACCCAGGACUUGCAGAGUUAAUAGCAGAGAAAAUUGGAGAAGAAUACGUGAAAGAUUUGAGCCAGCUGACAAAGCUGCACAGCUUUCUGGGUGAUGACGUCUUCCUCCGGGAAAUUGCCAAUGUGAAGCAGGAAAACAAGCUCAAGUUUUCUCAGUUCCUGGAGAAGGAGUACAAAGUAAAGAUCAAUCCGUCCUCCAUGUUUGACGUGCAUGUGAAGAGGAUACAUGAGUAUAAGCGGCAGCUCCUGAACUGCCUGCAUGUCAUCACCAUGUACAACCGCAUUAAGAAAGACCCUAAGAAGUUAUUUGUGCCCAGAACAGUUAUAAUUGGUGGCAAAGCUGCCCCAGGAUACCACAUGGCCAAAAUGAUCAUAAAGCUGAUCACCUCAGUGGCAGAUGUGGUGAACAAUGACCCUGUGGUUGGAAGCAAAUUGAAAGUCAUCUUCUUGGAGAACUACAGAGUGUCUCUUGCUGAAAAAGUUAUUCCAGCCACAGAUUUGUCAGAGCAGAUUUCAACUGCCGGCACUGAAGCCUCGGGUACAGGCAAUAUGAAGUUUAUGCUGAAUGGGGCCCUGACCAUUGGGACCAUGGAUGGGGCCAAUGUGGAAAUGGCAGAGGAAGCUGGGGAAGAGAACAUGUUCAUCUUUGGCAUGAGAGUAGAUGAUGUGGUUGCUUUGGACAAGAAAGGAUACAAAGCAAAAGAAUAUUAUGAGGCACUUCCAGAGCUGAAGCUGGUCAUUGAUCAAAUUGAUAAUGGCUUCUUUUCUCCCAAGCAGCCUGACCUCUUCAAAGAUAUAAUCAACAUGCUCUUUUAUCAUGACAGGUUUAAAGUCUUUGCAGACUACGAAGCUUAUGUCAAGUGUCAAGAAAAAGUCAGUCAGCUAUAUAUGAAUCCAAAGGCCUGGAACAGAAUGGUACUCAAAAACAUAGCUGCCUCGGGAAAAUUCUCCAGUGACCGAACAAUUAAGGAGUAUGCGAAGGACAUCUGGAACAUGGAGCCUUCGGAUCUGAAGAUUUCCCUGUCUAAUGAACCUAGCAAUGGAGUGAACAAGACCAAUGGAAACUGAGUUGUAAAAUGUCUUUAGAGAAAACAGCUUGUUACUGAACUUGAACUUUUUAUUUUAACAUUCCUUGAUUUUGUUUUGUUUGCUAAUAGUCUUAAUUAGUAUAUUCGGGAAUGAGGAGGGAAGGGAUCUUUCUGUAUUAUGGCUUUAAAAAAAAAAAAAAAAAGGUCAACU